AUGCUGUACCACAACGCAUUAUUGUCGCGAGAACAACCUCCGUUUGCGCCGUGGGAACCUCAAGGCAACACCAAUAGCCCCGCCCAGCCCCUGAACAACGAGGAUAUCAUAGAAAUAUAA